UGAUGUUAUGCAUAGCCCAACUAAUGAAACCUACAUUAAUAAUGAGCAUUUGGUUUGAAAGUAUAUCAUAUGAUAGAAAGAGGCAAGGGUGAGAAGUAUUCAUCUCAUUGUUUGCUUCGAGCUGUCAAGAACCGUUUUGGGUCAAUUGAUGAACUUGGAAUAUUUGAAAUGUCACAGUUGGCGCUGCAAGCAGUGUCCAGCCCCAGUGAGAUGUUUUUAAGUGGAGAUCAGCACUCAAAUUCUGAGUUUUUGGCUGGACUCGCUGUCGCUGUGACUGUGAUUAUGGAUGCAUCUUGUGCUUUCCUUAUUGAAAUUCAGGCCCUGGUGCCAUUUCUAUGCUCCCUUAACGCUCAUUGGCAUUAUGUGUCUCUGGCUCAACUGCUUCAAGGCAUGUACAUGGGAUCCAAGCAACCAGAGCUGACAUGAUUAUUUCAGUAAGUUCUAGUUAUUGUUGCUGUAAGCAUUUUUAUGUGCAUGCCUCCAUAAUUGUGUCUUAUACACUCUAAAACUUUGGAAUUACUUCUAGUAUCUCUUAUGACGUUUACCUUUCCUAUUGGCUUCCUCGUAUGGGGUUGCCAUGUCAGUUUCCCAGAUAAUUAUGGUUGGCAAUAAAUGUUAAUUCCCAUU